AUGGGUCAAUUAUCGGAAGAUUCAAAUGAAAAAAUCGAAUCGGAUAUAAAAUUCUGGUACAAAAAAUUCAAUCGAAUAUGGAAACGAACUAAUUGGAUUUUCUCAAUGCUAGGUUCAACAGAAGAUUCUUAUAAACAACCAAUUAAAUUUCGAUUACCAAUAAUAUUUUAUCUUGGUCAUUUACCAUGUUUUACUUGGGCACAAUUUCAUCAUUUGAAUGAUGUAAAUGAUAUCAUUGAUCAAACAUUCGAUAAACUCUUUUUACAUGAUGUUGAAACAGGUAUUGUUAAACAUAGUCAAUCGAAUCAAUUCUCAACUGAUAUCAAAGUCAAAGAGGAAUAUUGGCGAUCAUUUACUAUUCAAAGUGUAAUUGAUUAUAAGAAUAACGUUCGAAUAAAAUUGAUCAAUAUUUUAACAAAUGGUCAAUUGAAUUUCAAUGAUAUAGACACAUUAAAUGUACUCAAUAUUAGUGCUGAAUAUGAAAUGUUACAUCAAGAAAUAUUAAUGCACUUAUUUGUUCAAUUACCAAUAGAAUCACUUCGAUUAAAUUAUAUUAAUGAAUAUGAUUUUGUUCAACAUAAUACCAUUUCUUCAUUACCAAAUAAUACAUGGAUAAUGUUUCCCGGUGGACAAGCAUUACUCGGUAAACCAUAUAGUAAUGAAAUAUCAACGUUUACAUUUGGUUGGGAUAAUGAAUUUCCAUGUGAAUCUAUUUAUGUAUCAAUUUUUGAAAUGCAAUCACAUCCGAUUCGCAAUGGAGAUUUUCUUCAAUUUAUUCUUGACAAUGGUUAUACAACAAGUGAUUGGUGGGAUGAAAAUAGAUUUAUUUGGAUAACAAAAUCAGAUAUUCGUCAUCCUUCAACAUGGAUAAUACAUGAAAAUUCUUAUCAAAUUAAUUUUGUAUUACAACGUAAUAUUCUAAUUGAAUGUGUACUUGAUCAUCUUGUUCUUGUAAGUCAUGUAGAAGCAAAAGCUUAUUGCCGAUGGUUAUCGAAGAAAACUGGUGAACAAAUUGAAUUACCAACUGAAUCUGAAUGGAUACAUGCAUUAUGGAAUUCAUCAGAUUGUAUACGUUCAGUUCUGAUAACAAAUAAUUGUAAUAUUGAUUUUCAUCAUCUUCAUACAUUACCAAUUUAUUCAAAUGAUAACGAAGAAUUACAAUGGCAAGGAUCAGCAUUUGAAUGGAUAUCGAGUGUUUUUCGACCACUUUCAGGUUAUCGAGGUGCUCUACCAACAUAUCCUGGAUAUUCUGCUGAUUUUUUUGAUAAUCAUCAUUUUGUUCUAUCGGGUGGAUCAUUUGCAACUGAUGCAACAUUAAUACAAAGAACAUUUCGUAAUUGGUAUCAAGAUACAUAUCAAUAUGUAUUUGUUACAUUUCGAUGUGUAAAGCGUAUCAAUCAUAUUGAUAAUAAACUUACUCAAAUUGAUCAUGAUGCUAUUGUUGCAACAUUAAGUUCAGCAAUUUAUACACAAAUUACUCAAUUAGAUGAAUAUUAUCCAUAUGCACAAGAAUUAAAACUUUUAUAUCAACGAGUAAAUGAUAUUAAAUCAACAAUUAUUUAUCAUUCUAAUUUUGAAAAUUAUUCAUCAUCAACAAUACAUUUUAUUGAACUUGGUUGUGGUGAUGGAAAGAAAGUUGAAGUAUUAUUAACACCAUGGAUAAAUUCAAUUGAUGAUAUAUCUCAACAUGCUAUUGAUUCUCUUAUUCAACUUCUUAAAAAGACAUUCAAUGAAAAUAUUAUUGAACAACAUAUCAAACCAGUAUGUUCAACAUGCGAAAAUAUGUACACAAAAAUAAAUACAGAUAUAAUGGGAAUACAAGUUGUCAUUGAAGAUGCACCAGUUAUGCAAUUACUUCGAUUAAUUCGUCAAAAUUUACGUAUUGGUGAUUGGUUUAUAUGUACAUUUGAUCUAUGUAAGAAUACAACAACAAUGAUUCGAGCUUAUAAUGAUUCGAAAGGUGUUACUGCAGCAUUCAGUAUCAAUCUUCUUGCUCGUUUAAAUAGUGAACUUAAUUUCAAUUUUAAUUUAAAUAACUAUCAACAUUAUGGUUUAUUCAAUCCAUUAUAUCGACAAAUGGAAAGUUGGUUGAUUUGUCUUAAUCAUGAAACAAUAACUGAUCAACAAGGUUUUACUAUGAAUUUACAACCAUAUGAUGCUAUACAAACAGAAUUAUCUACUAAAUAUACACAAGAUAUUGAAUUAUUAAUGAAGAAUAAUUCUAUGCGAAUUAUUGAAUGUUUUAUUACUGAUAAUCAUCAAUUUCCAUAUUGUUUAUGUAUGGUACAAAUGAUAUAA